AUGCAGCCCGAAUGCACAAGGUCCAUGAUCCAGCUCAUGGAGGGGGAGUGUCUAACGACCUUGCAUAUCGUUACCGAAUGGAUGAUCGUCUGUGCAGUCUACAAGCCACACAUGAUGGCAAGGGACUCAGGAGGACGGAAAUCUCCGUUCCAAGGUCCCGGCUCCAGAACCAGCAUCGACCCUCAUUUCGAUCUCAGCCAGCCUGUGGUCCGGUGGGGAAUUGGACGACGGGGGAGCCUCUCCAUCGAGUCCAUCCAGCUCCUCGCCAAUUCGCUUCCGUGGACAGAACCAAAGCUAGCACGAAAGCAAGCCACUACUACUUAA